AUGGGCGAUCACUCUAUCAGUGUUAUCUAUCCUCCGCCGGAACUUCGAAACAUUGUUGACAAAACUGCUAGUUUUGUCGCUCGUAAUGGACCUGAAUUUGAAACGAGAAUCCAGCAAAAUGAACCGAACAAUCCAAAGUUUAACUUCUUGAAGCCUGGUGAUCCGUACAACGCGUACUACCAGUUCAAAGUGAAAGAACUGAGGGAAAACGGUACAAAUGGCAGUAGCAGUGUGCCAGCGAAUAGCGCGGCAAAUCAAACUGCUUCAGCCACUCCUAUCCAGAAAGCUACUAAGCAGUUGGAGAAUUUUAUGGAAAUUCCAAUUAUCACGAGGGAUCCUCCACCAGCAUUUGAGUUUUCUGAUGACCCUCCAUCCAUCUCGGCAUUUGAUCUGGACAUUGUCAAACUGACCGCACAGUUUGUCGCUAUUCACGGAAGAUCAUUCCUGACUAAUCUCAUGAAUCGUGAGCAGCGAAACUAUCAGUUUGAUUUUUUGCGCCCUCAACAUGGAUUGUUUACCUAUUUCACUCAACUAAUUGAGCAGUACAGCAAGAUUCUUAUGCCCUCAAAGACGUUUUUAGCACAGCUCGAAAAGGAGGUUGUUGAUUCAAAGCUGAUUCUUGAAAAAGUCCGUUAUCGAACUGAAUGGACAAAGAUUGUGGAAGCUGAGAAAAGGAAAGAAGAAGAGGAAGCUGAAAGGGAGCGCAUUCAAUACGCUCAAAUUGACUGGCAUGAUUUUGUAAUCGUAGAGACGGUCGAUUAUCAACCCACUGAAACAGGGCAGUUCCCUCCACCGACAACUCCAGAACAGGUAGGAUCAAGACUGCUGCUUCAGCAACGAAUUGAAUCAAAUGGGGCUGAGGCGGUUGAAAUGGAUGUGGAAUCUGACGAGGAGAAGGCCGAAGAACCUGAGGCAGAGAAGACUAAAGAAACCUCUUUGCCGCCUCUGCCACCAUCACUUGAUAAUGUGCUCAUCCGCAAAGAUUACAAUCCAAAGGCGGCCAAAGUGGUGGCUGCUCAGCCAAGCGCAGCAUCUCGUCCCGAUUCAUAUUUCAUCUCACCAAUGACCGGAGAAAAGAUUCCUGCCGAAAAACUACAGGAUCACAUGCGAUUCAGUUUGCUUGAUCCUCGCUGGGUCGAACAACGAGAUCGAACCAUUCAGGAAAAAACACAACAAGAGGAGGUGUAUGCUCAGGGCUCUGCCAUUGAGGACAGUCUCAAGCACUUGGCUGAAAGACGUACUGAUAUCUUCGGUUCCGGAGAUGCUGAAACUAGCAUUGGCCGAAAGAUUGGAGAAGAGGAAAAGAAACCUGAAAAGGUCACCUGGGACGGUCACACCAACAGCGUGGAGGCAACCACUCGGGCUGCACGGGCAAACAUUACCAUUGAAGAGCAGAUUCACCAAAUCCAUAAGACCCACGGUCUUCUUCCUGAAAAUGACAAGGACAAAAUUGGCCCCACAGUACAGUCUUCAUCGGGUGGUCAUCAGCAAAACCAACCACCGAAACUUCAUAAUCCCCCUCCGCCUCUCAUGAACACAGCAAUGCCAAUGCGGCCGCAAAUGAUGCCGCCGAUCUUGCCCUCACCUCACCACCAACCUGAUCCGUACAUGAUUCCAGGCAACAUGGGUCUUCAUAUGUACAAUGUACCGAUGGCACCUCCACCCCUUGAUCCGAUGAUGCAGAUGCGACUGCCGCCGGCGGCGCCAGAUCAGCUGGAGCCUGCUUACAAAAAGGCUCGCACAGAAGACAGUUUCAUUCCGGAAAGCGAGUUCCUCCAGAACAAUCCACCCAAUGUGAGCGUCAAGAUUCAGGUGCCCCACUCUUCGGAGAAGUCAGAGUGGCGACUGAAUGGCCAGGUCAUAAACCUGACACUGCCCUACACUGAUGUAUUUUCCGUGGUGAAGGCUAAAAUUCACGAGUUAACAAAUAUGCCACCUGGCAAGCAGAAGCUGCAGUACGAAGGCAUCUUCGUGAAGGACUCAAACUCGCUGGCAUUCUACAACAUACCAAGUGGCGCUUCAAUCAUUCUAGGUCUCAAGGAGCGCGGUGGCCGCAAAAAGUAG